GCUAAGUUUACUAUUGAUUGCAUUGAUUAUGUUUAGGUAAAUAUUGUUGUAUUAUAAAUAUGAUAAUAUAGUGUUUGAGUAAUUACUAAUUAAAGAAUAAUUAAUAAAUGAUUAGCUAAGUACGUAAAUAAAAUGUAAGAUUCACGGAAGACAUAUAAAUUAAAACAAUUUUUUAUGUAGAUAAUAAAUAGAUUACAAAUACAAUGUUGUACUAAACAUCGUUUUAUAAUCUCUCAAUUAUAAAUAUUUUACUUUUGAUAUUUAUAGUUUAUAUACAAAACCAUAUAAUACAAGUUACAGAGUAUGACAAGCGAAGUGAGCAAGGGGCUAAGCUCCUUAUAAUUUAUAAAUAUAAUAUACAAACUUUAAUAAUUUAUAAUUAUUUCAAUUUGACUUUGUUUACAGGCCAUUACACAAUGUCAGAAUUUGAAUACAGUGAUUUGAGCAGUGAUGACGAUUUUAGUGCAGAAGCAGUUUUUGGUGUUAGAAAAAUUAAAUUUGAAACUACUGCACGAAUUACAAGAGAACUCCGUCUUCACUAUUCAAACUUAUUCAUUGAUUCUUUUAACUUGAUUGAUUUAUUUGUCAAAAGCAAAAAAUUCACAUACGAUUCAUUUUUAGAAUGUUUUGAUACUUCUCAAUAUCAUCAAAUUUAUUACAUGUUACAAAAAAAAAAACAAAAAGUAGGACAAAAUUUUGUUUCUCCUCACCACUACAUUUCAACUACACAGGAUGCUCUUGCAAUCGCCUCCAAGUUUUUGAGGUCAUCUUCAAAAGAAGCACGAAUAGGAGCUGUUUACUUAUUAUACACACUGUAUAAAACACAACCUUUAAAAACAUAUAUAGUAAAAAUAAAAAUGGAACCUCUAGACUAUAAUAAUACUAAAAAGUUGGUUGAUGAGUGUCUUAAUGAAGGCCUAGUACACCCUGCCUAUUAUUUUUAUGAUUUAGAUAUUAAAAAACAAAUAAUAAUCUGUUCAAAUGCUGUCAGUCCCUGCUUAGAAGUAAGAAUUUAUACACUUUUUUUUUUGAUGAAACAUGUUUACAACUUUAAUGAUUAUGUAAAUAUAUAUAUAUUGUAUACAUUUUUUUUUUAGGAGAAUUAUCCGAGACGAGAAAUCCGUAAACAUUUAGGCCGUGCUGCCGACCGUUAUUUUAAAAUUAAGUAUGAAGAAUCCAAUGUAUUUGAUCCCUUCAGUAAAUUGAAACUAAUGGAAGAUCAGAUGCGUAGUGAAUUGACAUACAUUAAUAAAUUGAGUGAAAUGUCUUUAGGUCGUGAAGUUACUAAAGAAUAUAAACCAGAGAUAUUACAAGCAUUGAUGCAAAUAGAAAAUAGCUCUAAGUAUAAUAAUAUUGAAGGCGGAGAUCAAAAUUAUAAGAAUUCUUCUUUGAAACAAACACAAUUUAAAAAUAGAAAAACUGUAGCAUUCCCUGGUAAAAAUGAAAAUAUACUACAUGAUAUGGUUGAAAUUCCAGUUCAACAAUUUAUCAGUAAACCAAAGAAUAAACGUCGAUCAAAGAAAAAUCAAAAAUCAAAGAAUGCAUGUAAGUUUGUGACAUAGUUCACGCUUGUGUGAAUAUUUUGAAAUAUUAAGUUUUACUGACAAUUAUUUUUACCAAAGAAUUUUCAUUUCUUUUGUGUAAUUACAUUUGUAUGUUGACAAUUAAUUAACAUUGCUUUAAGUUAUAACAUUUAAAUAAAUGAUAUAAAUCACAUAAAUUAAAAAAUUGUAGGUGCACAAAUAGCUCUCAUUUUUAUGAUAUCUUUUAAAAAUUAUACCUAUAAAGUUUACAUAAAUUUCAGUAAAAUUUGUUAGAUAAAGUUCUGAUCUCCUAAUUCUAAUUGUACUUAAUUAUUAACCAACAUUGAUUUUAGGGAAGAGAAUGAUUAAAGACGAUAGUGAUUCUUGUGAAAUGUCUACUGAGCAAAAUAAACCUAUUAAGUCAAUGCUAUUGAGUGAUAUGAUAGAAACAGAUUCAUCUGAUUCUAGUUUUGGAACUGAUGAUGAGGACAACACAAAUUUUAACUAUGAAGACAUGAUUUGGUCUAUGAUUGGAGAGGAAACCCACCCCAAUGGUAUAUUAAGGAUAUGUAUUAUAAAAGUUGAAUGAUAAAUUCAAGUAAAAUAUAUGAUUAUAUCUUUUUUUUUUCAGAAAUGUCAAAUGAGGAAGAUAUUAAAGUCAAUAAUUUUGAUAGUGGUGUCAGUAUGUAAUUAAAAUAUUUUAAAAUUGUUGUUUAAAAGAUAACUAAUAUCUAAAGUGAUUUUAAUUUGUACUUUUUCUUAUCCAUCAAUAAAAAAAAUUAAUUUAAACAAAAUGUUUAAUAUUUAAAUGUAAUAGGUUAAGAUAUUUUAGUGACAAACUAAAUAAGAAGAUUUACAUAUUAGAAAAAAUACAAAUAUUUAAUGACGUUUUUAUGCAAACCGUGUAAGAGUAACUUUAUGUUACAAAUACAUAAUAACCCUUGACAAAAUACAUUUUUGUGAUGUAAUAAAUAAUAUUGUCAAUGUAGUAUAGGUUUACUAAUGGGUGAAAGUGAAAGUCUUAGAUUAUAUUUUAUUAAAGAGCAAAAUGGUAAUUAUUGGAAAACCAUAAUACCUAUAAAAUAUAAUUAUAAUAAUGGAAAUUAAUUGAUUAAAAACACUAGAAUAUGUAAACCAGUUCCAUAUUGCAAAAUAAAAAAAUUACUAGAAAUGGUAGGGUUAUUAGAUAUUUUUGUAAAUGUCAUCGUUAGCUAUAAUUAUUCGUUUUAUUAUGUAUAAAUAAUUUUGUAUUUAACUACAUAGCAGUGUAGUAUAGUUAUAAAUUAUUAUGUUUUUAAUUAAAACUGUAUAUCUCGACGUGCCGACAAAGAGUGUUGCAACUNGGUAAUUCUUUUAGUUGAUCAUAAAAAAUCGGCUAAAGAAAAAAAUUGUAUUGGUGUUAUGACUAUUUUUACUAGAAAAAUAAAUACAAAUUAAAACAUAUGUUGAGACUAUUUUCACUGGAAAAAUAAAUACAAUUGAACCGUAAGACAAUAACUCACAUUAUGACUUUUCGCUGGAAAUUGCCAUUUUAGUAUUUAAUAUUAAUGUUAUACAAUACUAUUUUUCUAAGUCUUUGGUUGAGAUACUAUUGUUUUUUUUUGUGGUUUAUAGAGAUAAAGAUGUGAUCACAGAUAUCUUUAAAAACUCAAAAAUGAAAGAAGUGAUUUAUGAGUUUUUUUAGGGGCUGUAAACAGAUUCUGUUUAUCAUUAUAUUAUAUGGUGUGCAAAAAAAAAAAAAAUUUCCUGGUAAAACAAAUCCCAUAAAAAUAUGAUCAUAUUUGUAAUGUAUUUACAUUUUAAAAAGUAAUAAUAUAGGUAUGUAUAGUAUUGCAGGUAGCUUAUAAAAUUAAAAACAUGACGUGUAAUAAAAUUACAUAAAUGCCUUCUCUGGAAAACCUCCACUGUACAAUACCAUCCAUCUAUUCAAUAUGUAAAAAUGUUGUAUGUUUCUGCUCAAUAAGACUAUAGGCUAAUCUAACAUUAACCAUCAUAAGUCUUUUAGACUUUAUAUUUAUUUUUUGAGCUUUUCCUAGCUAAUUAACCUUACUGUAAAUUAGUCUUAAACUAAUACUAAACGUUUUUUUUUAUGUUCCUUAUUUAAUUGCACCUAACUAUGUAUCAUAAUGUAUUUUGUUUUGACAUUUUUGUAAAUUGUGCUCCAGUCAGUUAUCUUAAUAAAAAAAAAAAAUCUAUAUUUGGUAUACUACAAAUUUACUAAUUGCAUCUCACAAUCCUGAUAUAAAUGUAGGUGAUGGUCUGCAAAUCAUAAUAAAUAUGAUUCAGUUGGUUUUUCAUAUUGUAUAUUUAUAUUAAAUCCGUUUUUGCGUUUUAUAUUUUCCUUUGAAAAUUGAAUCAUAUUUAACAGGAAAUACCCUCAGAUUGCAUACAAGAGACUUUUAAUAAUUUCCACAUAGAAUUUUAUAAUUUUAUUCGUUGGAUAUGUUUAAAAAAAAAACCCCUCUAUGAAGUAUUCGUGUUUUUUAAAUACUUAUUUAAGUAUAAUUAAUUGAAUUUUUUCCAUGAAUAAUAAUCAUUCCUUCGCGUUUGAAGAUGAAGGUACCUAUGAUAACGUUGUCAUGUCUUUAUGUGUAUUCAUUUGACUACUUUUCCGAAUAACAAAUUUAUCAAUUUUAUUAAAUAACGAAAAAAUAUUAACGGAUACGUAAAUACGACUAAAAUAAUAACAUUUAUCGUCUUUAAACACAGCAACAAUGUUGAUAAUAUUCAUAAAUUAUGGGAUUCGUAGAUUACUCUAAUGAUAACAAUGUAUAUUAAUUAUUUUAAUAGCACAGUUUAUUCCUAAUUAUUAUAUUCAAAAAUACUGAAUCAAUACCUUACUACGUAGAAAUAUACCAGUGUAAUAUAAAACAUUAUAUUGUGAUUUGAAAUCCAUUAUAAUUUUAUAUUAUAAACUAAAUUAUAUAGUAUUUUAGAUACAUAAUACACUAAAACAUUUUUUAAAUUGUGUUUUCAUUUAUUAAAUUUCUAAGUUAAGUAAUUAAAAAGAUAUUCUUUUACCUUAUAUAAUUUUAUAAAUUUAAUUUUUAUUUUAAAAGAAGUUAUCGCAACCCAAAAAUGGGUCGUGACCCACCGGUUAAAGACCACUAGUAUGCCUAACCCUGUUUUGUAUCAAGAAUUGAAAUAAAAAGCCAAACUUUAAUUUUUGUAUUUUAUUAGAUGUAUAGACAAUAUACAUAUUUUAUUUAAUACAAAGAUAAUAUAGGUAUAACAAACAAUUUUUAGGUGCAUGUCAUGGGGAUGAUUUAAGUUAUAUGUUUCAUAGUCAAUUACUUGGAUUUACUCCAAAAGCUAAUUCUUCUGAGUUAAAAAUGUGCAAAACAAUAUGUAAGCUGUGGUCUAAUUUUGCAAAAGCUGGGUACGUUUUAAUUUUAUUGCAAUUUAAUGCAAAGCGUUAACAUUUGCGCUGUAUUUCUAUUACCUUUUUAAAAGUUAAAUAAUAUGUUUAAUACAUAAUUAUAUUGAUUUUAGGAAUCCAAAUUCAGAGGAUUUAAAUGUUGAGUGGAAAAGUACAAGUACUAAUGAUCCCAAAUAUUUAUCAUUAGACGGAGACAAUACAUGUAUGGUUGAUGGAUUAUUAUACAAUUCCAGAGUAAAUUUUUGGAAAGAAAUUCUUGAAACUACCUGAUUAGAACAUAAUGUUAUGAUAUACAUAUGAUUUUAAAUAAUUUUGUUUGUAAAUAUGUGGAUUUUCUUUCAAUUAAUGAUAUGUUAUACAUUUAUUUUUCUGUAAUAUUAUUGUUAAUAAAGAAUAAUGAUAAUAAUAAAGUUAUUUUAAAGAUGGGUUGCAAAAUGUUUUUAGUUUAACUUAUCAUUGAAUGUCAU